AUGCAAUUUCAGAGGUUUCUGGACGUUCUCAGACAGCUACACAUUAACAUUCGCUUGAUAGAAGCAAUAGAGCAGAUGCCGAGUUAUGUAAAAUUUCUCAAGGAUAUUCUGGCCAAUAAAAGAAAGACCAGGGAAAAUGAAACAGUUGCGUUAACAUAUGACUGCAGCGCUCUGUUUCAAAAUAAUCUCCCCACUAAAAUGAAGGACCCUGGGAGUUUUACAUUGCCCUGCACGAUAGGAGCGAAGAUGGUCGGGAAUGCGCUGUGCGAUUUAGGGGCAAGCAUAAAUCUGAUGCCCUUGUCGAUUUUUAAGAAGCUGGACAUCGGCAAAGCAAGACCAACCACGAUCACAUUACAACAAACUGAUAGAUCGAUAAAGCUUUCUAAGGGCAAGAUAGAAGAUGUUCUCGUGCAAGUGGACAUGUUUAUCUUUCUGGCAGACUUUGUCAUAUUGGAUUACGAAGCUGAUAGAAAUAUCCCUAUCAUCUCUAGUCGUCCAUUUCUUGCAACAGGGCAAGCGCUGAUCGAUGUGCGAAAGGGAGAAUUGACCAUCAGGGUCGACGAUUAG